ACAACGACAUCCAUGGCCUCCUCUUUAUUCACCAACCGUAACAGCUUUCUUAUUCCGCUCGUCGGACUCCUGUCCGUCCACUUCGCCGCCUUGGAUGUCGCCGGCGAGCCCCCCAGCGUUGUGCCCUCGGGGUGCAAGUUCGCGGCCGCCGCCGGUGGUGGCACCUUCACCGAAGACUUCUGCUUGUCGGCCCUGACCGGCCACAGCGUCGGCGCCACGGACUACGGCGACCUCGCCCUCUUCGCGGUCGAUCUCGCCACGGCCAACGCCACCGCCACCGAGGCGAAGAUCGACUCCCUGCUCGCCGGUGGCGACGGCGCGCUGGCGGACUGCCUGAGGGCGUGCCGGUCGCUGUACGACACCGUGGUGCACGUCUACCAGCCGGACUGCCACGCCGCCGUGAAGGACCGGAAGUUCGUCGACGGGAAUCUGUGCCUCAGCAGGACGGCGCGGGCGCCCGUGGAGUGCGAGCUGGCGUUCAAGCAGCGGAGCGUCGCGUCGCCGGUGGCCGCGGAGGACGACGCCCUCGCCAAGCUCGCCAACCUCGCGAUCGCGCUGAGCACGAUCACGCGCUGAGCUCGAUCGCCUGAUCAUACGCCUACAUUUUGUGACCAUUUUUCUCAUGACCUCUUUACAGUAAAAAAACAGAGAUUAUCCACAAUAAUAACAGUAUAUAUUUAUUUGGCA